AUGCCUCCUAAAUCGAGAAAGGCGUUAAAAAUCGAAGCAUUCGAGCCAGACGAAGACAUAUUAGAAACCACAUGCAAAUGCAAACAAAGACUCGAGAUUCAAAUGAAAUAUUUCGACAUCGUAAAGCCAGACGAUAUGAAAGCAGCGUUGUUAGUUCAUGGUGGCGACAAAAUCCUUUCGAUAGACGAGAACGGAGCUGAACCAGAAGGCGACUUGGACGAAUACAAGAAGCUUAUAGCGAAAAUUGAGCAUGUAUACGUGGCGAAAAACACGAGAUUGCACGCGAGGUUUAGAUUUAACAAAGCCGUUCGACAAUCGAAUCAAUCUAUUGCUCAAUAUGAACUCGAACUUCGACGACUCGCUAAAGAGUGUGACUUUCACGGAUACGACGAAGAAAUGAUUUUAGACCGUUUGAUAUUAACGUGCAAAGACGUCUUUCCUUGUACCCGCAAAGAUUCCACCUGUUUCCUUGUUCUUUUGAAACCCUUGGCAACCCUCACAUCUGAUUUCGAAACCUUUCAAUUAACUGAUUUAUAA